AUGUCUUCUACACACGAUCAUCAUAUUACGAACAUCAACGAAAUUCCAUUAGUAACCCCAAGGCCAUCAACGACAAACACCCCCACCAUUGCCACACUCGCUUCCGCCAGUUCGAACAAACAUACAACCUCGCCACAACCACCUCCAAAAGUUUCCCAAGAAGUACGUAAUUCUAUAGGACUUGCCGAUAAACUUCCAACUGUCAAUUGUCUUGCUCGAGCACGUAUCCCCACCACUCAAGGUCCUGACAUUUUCUUACAUCUUUAUGAAAAUGAUAUUGAUAAUAAAGAACAUUUAGCUAUUGUAUUCGGAGAAGAUAUUCGGUCUCGAACCUUAUUCAAACAACGCCCCGGUGAAUCUCAACAAGAUAGGAUGACAAGAGGGGCAUAUAUUGGGAAAUUAUCCCCUGGUAGAACAAUAGCUGAUCAUGACCAGACUUUGAACAAACUGUUGAGAUUUGAUGAGAAGAAUGGGGAAUUGAUUAUUGAUGAUGAGACAUUUAUUGAUCCUGCGUUGGUGCGUAUUCAUAGUGAAUGUUAUACUGGAGAAACUGCCUGGAGUGCCCGAUGUGAUUGUGGUGAACAAUUUGAUGAAGCGGGGAGAAUAAUGGGAAAUGAUGGACAUGGAUGUAUCGUAUAUUUAAGACAAGAAGGUAGAGGGAUUGGAUUGGGUGAGAAAUUAAAAGCAUAUAAUCUACAAGAUUUAGGUGCUGAUACAGUACAAGCUAAUUUAAUGUUGAGACAUCCUGCUGAUGCAAGAAAUUUUAGUUUGGCAACUGCUAUUUUAUUAGAUUUGGGUUUGAAAGAAAUUAAAUUGUUGACUAAUAAUCCUGAUAAAAUUGUGGCUGUUGAAGGUAAACAUCAAGAAAUUAAAGUAUUGGAAAGAGUUCCAAUGGUACCUUUAAGUUGGAAUAAUUCAGAAAAUGGAAUUCAUUCAAAAGAAAUUGAAGGUUAUUUAAGUACAAAAAUUGAAAGAAUGGGUCAUUUAUUGGAAAAACCAAUUAAGAUUAAUUAA